UCAGCAAGACACCAUGGAGGUUAGAGCUCUCUGCAUCAGACUGUUGAUGAAUGUAUUGAUGCUGCUGGUUGCACAAGUGCAGCAAAGUUAUCCUCAGACAGCUGAUGCAGCUUUUCGUAUCGUUCCAACCAGACUGCAGUUCUUUGAAUAUGAGUCUGUGCAUUUUACCUGUGAGGGGUUAAAUGUCUCAGCUGGAGGCAAAGUGAGAAACUUGAAGGAGUUCCUUCCAAAAUGUUCCAAUGGCACAGAGACAUCAACAGUGACCUGCACCAUUGACUUUGCAUUUACAUCAGACAGUGGAGAAUACUGGUGUGAAGGUGGAGGGAGGAGAAGCAACGCUGUCAACAUCACUGUCACUGCUGGUUCAGUGAUCCUGCAGAGUCCUGUUCGUCCUGUGAUGGAGGGAGAGUCGGUCACUCUGCACUGCAGAAACAAGAUGUCAUCCACCAACCUCCCAGCUGUCUUCUUCUAUAAAAACGGCAGCUACAUUGGGCACAGCUCUACAGGAGAGAUGAUCAUCCACAGUGUUUCCAAGUCUGAUGAAGGACUCUACAAGUGUAACAUUUCUGGAGCUGGAGUAUCACCAGAGAGCUGGAUGGCUGUCAGAGCUAAAUGUGGUGAUGUGAUCCUGGAGAGUCCUGCUCUUCCUGUGACUGAGGGAGAAGCUGUGACUCUGCGCUGUAGAAACAAGAAAACUCCCUCUGACCUCAGAGCUGAUUUCUACAAAGAUGGCCUCCUCAUCAGGAGCAGCUCUACAGGAGAGAUGACCAUCCACAGUGUUUCCAAGUCUGAUGAAGGACUCUACAAGUGCAGAAUAUCUGGAGCUGGAGAAUCAGCGGCAAGCCGGCUGGCUGUCAGAGAGAUGAAUUUUUCCCGCCUCUACUACAUCCUGCUGUGGGUUGCUGUCGCUGUCAUAUUGUUCCUGCAGCUGCUGGUGUUGGGACUGCUCUACUGGAAGAAACAGCUAGUCUUACUGGAAGCAAAGAUGUAUGAUACAGGACCUGCAGACUGUCGUCAAAAAAGACAAGAAGACAAGAAGGAGAAUAAAGACGCUGCAGACGCUGCAGAUAAUGUGAGCCUCAACCACGGUGCAAAACCAGAGACGGAAAAAGAUGAGGGUGAAUCUUUGCCUUAAUCUUUUCAUUCCACUUUGACCUAUGAUGGCACUUUGCAAGCUCUCCAUUAUGAUCACUGAGGAAGAAACACUUCACUGAAGGAGCUGGAAGGACUGCUUACAACAUGCUAUAUGUACAAGGAAAAUGAACUUUGCUUGAAAUAAGUAUUUAGGGCUGCAACUGGUACAUAUGCAACAUAAGUUCAGUUGAAUAUGAUGCAGGUUUAUUUAUAAUAAAUCUU